UACUGAUUUUGAUUUUCUUACGAGUUUCGCAAAUUAAGAAAAUAACAGAGCCCCUUCACCUGUACACAGCCGAAAGCAAAUUUUUCUGCGCUUGAAAAGUUUUUUCGGUGCCGGAAACGCGAUCUUUAACAUGGCAAAUGCAAUGGUGCGUUUGAAUGCUCUUCCGCGGCAGCAAAUAGUUGCACUGUUUCCGUUGCUUAAAAGCACCGGUUCGACGUCAAUGUUAGCGGUCAACACGCAGCAGGUUCGUGCCCAAUCUGCUCAGGCGUCUGCUCCACCGCCGCAAACGAAAACUAAAUUCGGUCCACUAUCUGAUGAUGAUCGCAUUUUUACCAACCUCUACGGACGACAUGACUGGCGCUUGAAAGGAGCCCUCAGACGAGGUGAUUGGUACAAGACCAAGGAAAUCCUAGAUAAGGGUGUUGAAUGGAUUAUUAAUGAGAUCAAAACAUCCGGAUUGCGUGGUCGUGGUGGUGCAGGUUUUCCCACCGGUAUGAAGUGGUCUUUUAUGAAUAAGCCCUCCGAUGGACGUCCAAAAUAUCUGGUGGUGAAUGCUGACGAGGGUGAACCAGGAACCUGCAAGGAUCGUGAAAUUAUGCGCCACGAUCCUCAUAAGCUGAUCGAAGGUUGUCUAAUUGCUGGUCGUGCUAUGGGCGCUCGUGCGGCUUACAUAUACAUUCGUGGAGAGUUUUAUAAUGAGGCGUCGAACAUGCAGCUUGCGAUUGCUGAGGCUUACCAAGCUGGAUUAAUUGGGAAGAACGCCUGCAAUUCCGGUUACGAUUUUGACGUUUUUAUGCACCGUGGUGCUGGAGCUUACAUUUGCGGCGAGGAAACGGCAUUGAUUGAAUCUCUGGAAGGAAAGCAGGGCAAGCCUCGUCUAAAGCCUCCAUUCCCGGCUGAUGUGGGUGUUUUCGGUUGUCCAACAACUGUAUCCAAUGUCGAAACGGUGGCCGUUGCCCCGGCAAUUUGUCGUCGUGGUGGUGCUUGGUUUGCAAGUUUUGGACGCACUCGUAACUCUGGAACGAAGUUGUUCAACAUUUCGGGACACGUCAACACCCCGUGUACAGUGGAAGAGGAAAUGUCCAUCCCAUUGAAAGAAUUGAUUGAACGUCAUGCCGGAGGAGUCCGCGGCGGAUGGGAUAAUCUACUGGGCAUUAUUCCAGGAGGUUCAUCGACUCCCAUUAUUCCAAAAAAUGUUUGCGAUGAUGUCCUAAUGGACUUUGACGGUCUUGUUCAGGCCCAAACGUCUCUUGGCACGGCCGCCGUCAUUGUGAUGGAUAAAUCGACCGAUGUUAUCAAGGCUAUCUCGCGUCUGAUUGAUUUCUACAAACACGAAAGCUGCGGCCAAUGUACGCCUUGUCGUGAGGGUAUCACUUGGAUGUACAAGGUUAUGCAUCGCUUUGUUAGCGGAAAUGCGCGCCCGGAUGAGAUCGAUAUGUUGUGGGAGAUUUCCAAGCAAAUCGAAGGACAUACUAUUUGUGCCCUCGGUGACGGUGCUGCUUGGCCAGUGCAAGGUCUCAUCCGUCAUUUCCGGCCAGAGAUCGAGUCGCGGAUGAAGCUGUACGAACAGAAGAAAGCUGCUAAUAAGAUUUAAUUUCAAUGGUGUCUAAUAAAGGUGAAAAAAUUGAUUGGACGUUUAAAUCUUCGUUCUGUUCCAAAAUUUAGUUAAUUUGUGAAUUGUCAAUAGCCUACGGCCAUGACUAAUAGAAAAUGAUAAAAUAAAAUGUUUUUGGAA